AACUCACACUCGCGUCCAUACAGUCCGCCGCCAACUCACACUCGCGUCCUUGAGACUUUGUUUUCUAUCACAGACAGCUGACCGCCUAAUUAGAAGUAUUGAGCUGGAGGACAUCGAUAAGUCUACCUGUAAUGUACUAGUGGUUUGGUAGCGAGGCAACCAGUGUUGUUUACACUCUACAGCCACGCUUCACCGAUCUCGUAUCACAAUACUGACACACGCAGAACAGACAAGACUGUGAAGGGAAUAUAUAAGAACAAGACACGAUGUCUGCACAACCAACUCCUCCACCCUCCUACGAGCAGGUCUUAUUAGAGAGCCAGGGUGAUGCCAAUAUGGAAAUAUUCACAGUGCAAAACCCCAGAGUCACAGACCUGGACUACAAUGCCUACACAGCAGAUGAUCAAGGGCCGCCCCUACCCCGAGAAGCCUUUGUAGCAUCAUCAUCAGCACAACCAGCUCCGUCCUUACCUCGAAAGGGCACACCACCAGUUUCAACGGCCAACACUCCAGCCUUAACCCUUCAGCCAGUAUCCCUAGCACCAGCACCGGCACAGGCACCAGCACCAGCACCAGCACCAGCACCAGCACCAGCACCGACAGCAGCAGCAGCAGCAGCACCAGCAGCACCAGCGCCGAAGCCAGCGCCAAAGCCAAAGCCAGCAAGAACAUCGACAGUUGCGCCCGAUCCUUCUUUGAAAGGCUUCAAAUGCAAGGAAGACCGAAGAACCUUGAUUAGAAAGCUUUACCUCCUCAUGGCGGCGAUGCAGUUAGCCACGGUUGGAUCUGUCAGUAUCUUCGUUUUCAUCACGCCGAUCAAACACUGGAUGAAGAAGGACGGGCUGCCUCUGUUAUACGCUUCUAUUGGGACAUUUGUGUGGUGCUUUUUUGUGCUGGCUGUUAUCCUCCCCAGCAAGAAGAAAGUUAACGGGAACAGCAUUCGCUUUGUCAUAUUUACGAUCUCCUACGCCUUGCUUAUUGGAGCUGUGUCUGGACAUUUUGCAACCUACAUUCUGCUGGCAGCUGCUGUUGUCAUUGGACUUACAUUCUUGGCUGCUGCCAUUAUUUCCAUAAAGUCUGACAUCAACAUGAAGAAGGGAUUGAUCAUUGUCUCCGUCGUGGUGCCGUUCCUCGUUGGCCUGACCUGCAUCGGCUCGUACUUCGCCUUUGGAGUCGAUGAGCUCCGAGACUGUGGCUUUGGCGGACUUAUUGCAUUGGGCGUCAGUGAGCUGAUGACGGCAUGCAUUCAGCUGAUGUUAUCUAAAGACAACCACGGUUUCACCAAAGAGAGCCCCUGUCUGGCUUUCUUCAAUCUGUUCUCACAUAUCCGGGAUGUUGUGAUUAUGUGCAUCCAUAAGAUUCUGUGUUGCGCAUUGUAACCUGCGGGAUGGAUGUGGUUUAGAGUUAUAGAUCCCGUAUCCAUCAUGGCAACGACGCGAACCGCCGUCAUCUUAACAUAAACAUAUUUUCUAUUUUUCGCCAUACAGGUUGUAAAUGUGCACACAGUUAAAGUACCAUGGAAAAAAUGGUGUGCAGUUAGUUUGGAUUUGGUACGAUGGUAGAAUAUUAAUUGUAACUUUUGUUAGUUCGAUUUCACUCGAUCACGAACGGAAUAUAGAGUUCAGCUGAAUGUACAAUUUCGAAAUGGACAAUAAGUUUAAGAAGCACCAAAGUUAAGCAUGCAACAUAAUAUUAUAAACACGUUGCGAUACGUCGGUGAUGAGACGCUGUAGGACGAUGAUGCUCUAUGUGGCCUUAGCUUGACUAAAGAAAACCAAAAUGACUGCUACACACCACGAGUGAACAGUGUCACUCGUAACGGGGAUUGGUAUUAUCCCCCAAGUGAACACUAUUAAGUAAAAACAUGGACCUAUCCUCAGUGUUUGAUAUAGCCCUUAAACGUUCUACGGACUUAUCACAUUUCCAAAUUUGACGCUUCAGUCACAAGAAUGAUGUCCGAUACAAAUCCGUAUUUUGACUAGUAUCAUAUGUUCCCGUGUGUUUUCAUGUGAACAGUUGACUUGUCUUUGCAUGUGUUUGUUACAUGUGCCUCCGGUGGGACAGGUUACGCUCACCUUUCGGCCAACACCUGGUAUCAUCACUAUUUGAUAGUGAUUCAUAAACACGUGCUUUUGAUAUCGUUUUUGUUAUUUAUUGAAAUUCGUCCACGGAAUUCCCCGGAAAAAUAAAAUUUAAAAAUCACUCUUAUUUAGUUGACAGAUGCUCAUGAUAAAGUGGGAAUAGCUAAUCAAACAGUAACACUAGUGAAACUAUAUUUUGCCUGUAGAGCACAUGCAGCACACAAUCCUCGCGGUACACGUAUUGGGCUAUAAAAGUACGCCACGUGUUUAAUGGCGAUCUCGCAUUAGACGUCGCACUGCAAAUUCACCGUGACAUUACUGUGAGUAACAAUAUUUGAGACCCAACAGAAGAAAAUGGACCUUAUGGCUGCUUUGAUACAUUUGUUCUGCAGUAAUUACAUACACAGUUAUAAUCUGAAAACGGGACUUUGCACAAAAUGAGUCCAAAUGUUUGAUACUAUGUCUCUCUGUAAUUAAUAUGAAAUGAAGAUUAUGAAUUGUGUGUUUGUGGUCAUAAGAUUCUGCAGUUUUAAAACAUAAUGAGAAGUUAAGAAGUCCCUUAUUUCAUGGUGGGUCACAUUUCAUCAAUAUGUGACAUUAACUAUCCCAACUAGCCAUGUCACAUGUUUUUACUGUGAAAUGAGGAGUACGGGUGGCCCAGUCGUCUAAGGCGCUGCGAUUCGCUGUGCAGAGUUGCGUCCCUUAGGCACGCCUGAAAUCCAGGUUCGCCCCGAUUAUGUUUCUAGGUUUGUCAGCACCAUACCCGUGCUCG